AAGUGGCUGUUGGGGCUCCCAACGGCUAGAUUUCUAGCCGUUGGGAACUCCCAACAGCUACUUCCUUUUUUAAUAAAAAAGGAAAAGAAAAAGGUUUAGAAAAAGGCAUGAAAAAUAAAGAAAAAAUAAAUACAAAAAGUCCUAUGUAUACACACAUAUAUUUAUAUGUACAAAUCAUACAUCAAACUGCUAGGAGUUUAAGAUAUAUGAUAGUAGAUACAAAAACAUGUAUGUAUACUUAUAUUAUAGAUUCUAAUACCCCCCCCUCAAACUUACGGUGUAAUCACCGAAAGUUUGCCAAGAAGAAACUGGAAUAUUGCAGAAGCCAGUGCUUUGGUGAAGAAAUCUCCAAGUUGAUAUUCAGAAGGGACAAAAGGUAGAUCAAUUGUUCGGCUAAGAUAUUCCUCUCUCACAUAGUGACAAUCCAUUUCAAUAUGUUUUGUCUUUUCAUGAAAAGUAUGAUUGCUAGCAAUGUAGAUGACACUUUUGUUGUCGCAGCAGAGCUUGGUGGCUUCAUUGAGGUCAAUUUCAAUGUCCUUCAAUAAGCUUUUCAACCAUACAAUCUCAAUGGUGGUGGUAGCCAUAGCACAAUACUCUGCUUCAGUUGAAGAUAAAGAGACUUUAUGUUGUUUUUUGCAUCUCCAUGAAAUGAGAGUCACCUAGAAAAACACAAAAACCGGUGGUGGAAUGCCUAUUAUUAGGAUCUCCACCCCAAUCAACAUCAAUAUAAGCAAUCAUAUUCAAGUUUGAUGAGGAGGAUAGAAAAAGUCCCUUAGGGGGCGUUUGAUUGCCCGGAUGAAAGUGAAUUUUUCAUAAAAAAUGGUACGGCCCGACUAAAAAUGCAUCAAACGGGGUGAAAUUCAGCCCGUUUAAUGCAAAAAGGCAGCGGGUGGAAUUCCACCCGCUCGACGCCCUUCCCGCCCCCCCCCCUGGUCGACACCCUUCCCCUCAUUUCCUCCCUCCGCCCGCAGCUCCUCCUCGCUCGAACAGAAAUCGCCUUCUCACCGUCGCACUAGAGGCCGCUCUCAUCGUCGCCGCUCCGCCGUCGCUGCACUCACUGUCGCCCCUCUACCAGUGAUCUGUCUCCCUUUCUCUCUUGCUCUCUGUUGCCCUCGUUUUCUCCCUAAAUCAGUGCCCUAAUCUGUUGAUCCUGAAUUGAGGAAUGUUGGGACAUCACGGUUUGUGGAGGGAUUGUGAAUGGACUUGCAGGAGUGCUCACGUUUGUUAAGGUCAUGCACAAACGCACAAUGCCUUUUGCGAGGAAGACAGCUCCAUCUGUACUGCGUGAAGGUAGGCCUGGAGUCGAUGUUGUUUAUAGCUAAUUGCCUCCUUCAGAUGUACGUGAAGUGCGGCAAACUCGCCGACGCGCAUCAGGUGUUUGUUGAAACAACUGAAAGAAACACUUUCUCCUGGAAUAGCUUGAUUGAAGGUUAUGCUAACUCGGGCAAGGCAAGAACUUCCUUGGAGCUGUUCACGUCUAUGCCGUGCAAAAACGAGUUUUCGUGGAAUGUGGUCAUUGCAGCUUAUGCAAAGAUGGGUGAUCUUGAGGUUGCCCAACAACUCUUCGAUGAGAUGCCAGUGAAGAACACGUUCGCUUGGAAUUCGAUGGUUCACGGUUGCGUUUUAUAUGGCAGAAUUGGAAAGGGACAACCUUGGGAAGCACUGAGACUGUUUGACCAAAUGAAGUUGCAUCAGUUGGCGAUCGAUGGUUUCAUCUUAGCUACGAUGGCCUGUGCUUGUGCCGAUGUGGAGAAGCUUGAUGCAGGCAAACAACUACACGCUUACAUUGUGAGGGGAUAGGUCUGCUUAUCGGCUAUAAUAACAGGUCUUGCAAAUUGUGGGAGGUUAGAAGAUGCUUAUCGAAUUUUUGCCAGUCAAAGCAGAAGAAAUGUGGGUUCUUGGAAUUCAAUUAUUUCUGGAUAUGCAACCAAUUGCCAUUACCUUCAAGUUUUUGAAGAUAUGAAAGAGUUGGAGUCAGACCAAGCUCCAUUACCUUCAUUGCUGUGUUGUCGGCCUGCAGUCACCGAGGGCUGGUUGAGGAAGGGCGGCAACUCUUUCAUGCUAUGAAACAUGAUUAUGGUAUCUUACCAAUGGUUGAACACUGUUCUUGUAUGAUUGUUUGGCUCAUAUCAGUUAUAUUUUCUAGUCAAUGGAAUGUAUGUUCUUUGUUUAGCUCAUCUCAAUUGUUAUUUUGUUUGGCUCA